GACGGCUUCUCUGCACUAAUAAGCGCCUCCCAGCCCUUCUAAGGGCCAUUAUAAUGCAAGAGACCUCCUUUUUUUAAGCACAAACCGAAUUUUCCUUCAUUUACAACAUCUAUGCCCCUUAAAUUGCCCCCAAAGUUAGUCGGAGCGUUUUGCCCGGACCUCUUUUCGCCCUGGAGCGCUACGCGAUGCUCUCCCACGCCGACCUCCUGGAUGCUCGGCUCGGUGAGUUCUCGGCUCUAAACCCGGGAGCUAAACUCCACUGGAUGAAAGAUGCUGCAGAGUUACUCGGACACCGAGAAGCUCUCAAGUGUCGGCUGGGCGGCGGGGUGCCGGACCAGGGUCAUCCGGGAGACAUGGCCCCCGGUUCGGACUCCGUGGAGGGAGCCACUCUCUUGCCCGGUGAAGACAUCACCACCGUGGGAUCCAACUCGGCCGGUAUGCCGGUGAACGGGAAGGAGCCGGAGAAGCAGCAGCAGCAACAACAGCAGCAGCCCCAGCAGAGCUCGGGCGGGCAGUCCAGUCAGCAAAAACAGAAACGGCACCGAACCCGCUUCACGCCGGCGCAGCUCAACGAACUGGAGCGCAGCUUCGCCAAGACUCACUACCCGGACAUCUUCAUGAGGGAGGAACUGGCCCUCAGGAUCGGUCUCACCGAGUCCAGAGUCCAGGUGUGGUUCCAGAACCGGCGCGCCAAGUGGAAGAAAAGGAAGAAGACCACCAACGUGUUCCGCUCCCCGGGCACGCUGCUGCCCACGCCGGGCUUGUCGCAGUUCUCGGCGGCCGCCAUGGAGAACAGCCUGUGCUCGUUCCACGCCAACGACUCGCGCUGGGCCACGGGCAUGCCGGGCGUGUCGCAGCUGCAGCUGCCCCCGGCUCUGGGCCGCCAGCCGCCGGGCAUGGCGCAGUCGCUGUCGCAGUGCAGCCUGGGCCACGGGCCGCCACCCAACUCCAUGGGGCUGUCCAACGGCCUCUCGUCCAACGGCUCCGGCCUGCAGUCGCACCUCUACCAGUCGCCUUUCCCCGGCAUGUCGGCGUCGCUCUCCGGACCCACGAACGUAUCGGGCUCCCCGCAGCUAUGUAGCUCCCCGGACAGUGACAUGUGGAGAGGGACCAGCAUUGCUUCCCUUCGGCGCAAGGCGCUCGAGCACACAGUGUCCAUGAGCUUCACUUAGUGACUUGUACAAAGGCCAAACCACGCAGCCCCCCCCCGAUCAUCAUUACAACGCUGAAGUCUUCACUCCCUCGGACGCAAGGAACGAAACCUACGCAUGAGCCACGCGUGGGCUCCUGACAUUCACUUAAAAGAAGAAAAGCUAUGACGCUGAAUCCCACUGUAACGAUUCUCCGGAGGUCCAAACAAUUGUCGUCUCCCCCCCGAGUGCCUCUCGCAGCACUUGUAAUGUUGUGUUCAAGUGAACUUGUGUUAUGUCAAACGGUAAAUUAUUAAAUAUACAUUGGGUUGUUUUGUUUUGGGGGUAACCGCCUGUGCGUGGGCCCGCUGCAGCUGCAGGCAUGCAUUGUGCAUGCGUGGGGAUUUUACGCAAGGGGACACUGCACAUGCGCUCACUUAUACUAUACAGUGAUCUUUCAGUCUAGACCUAAACUCUGUUUUAGGGUGUUUUUGUGUAGAUAACAAAAAAAAUACAUUCUUGUGUGACAUGUUUUAACUUAUUGUAUGUGCUAUAUUACUUGACACAUUUCUUAUUAAAUGUUUGAUCUUACAUCGAAAUGCAUCACAUUGACAGGUUUGUACCAAUUAAAAAAAAAGCAACGAAUAAAAGUACUUUUAAAGAAUGUC